AAUCAUCGGAUUACGAUCACGUUCUCCUGUCUCAUCUCCUCAGAAAUGGCCGCUAGUAUUUGUAGCUCCCUCUUCUUCAACCCCCGAACUCACCAUCACCGCCACGACUAUGUUUACCACAUCGCCUACUUCAAAUCCCGUCAAGAUUCAAUCUUUACCCCAAAACCCACUCGCCCUUUCGCCAUCUCCUCCAAUUUCAACUCCCCCAAUCUCAUCUCCCCUCUACUCUCAACCCCGAACUCUUCCUCAACCACAUCCCUGCAAAACCCUCUCCCAACAGGCCGGUUUCUCGCCAAUGAAGACCUCGACAAGCUCCAGUUCCUCGAGAACUACUCGUAUUUCCAAGAAUUGGAGUCUGGGUCACUCUUGGUUAGCGUGAUGAGGCAAGAGGAGAUGGACAUGACAGUGAGGUUAUUGGCAAAGUCCUUUGCGGAGUCCAUGAUGAUAUCCUUGGGGUAUUUGAAGCUCUUGGAGUUUUUUGUGAAGCAGUAUUUGAUUGAGAGGAGAAGCUUGAUGCCUCACACUGCAACCCUUCUUGGGUUCUACAGAGAAAAUGGGGAUGGGGAAGAGGGAGAGUUGAAGCUGGCUGGGACUGUGGAGGUGUGUUUUGACAGAAGGGGUGCUAAUGAUAGCCCUCACACACCAACUGCUCCCAAGAAUGCUCCUUACAUAUCCAAUAUGGCUGUCAGGCAAUCUUUGAGGAGGAGGGGCAUAGGUUGGCACCUGUUGAAAGCAAGCGAGGAACUGAUUUCUAAAAUGAGUGCCUCAAAAACGGUCUACCUGCACUGUCGAAUGAUUGAUGCAGGACCAUACAACAUGUAUACCAAGGCAGGUUAUAGCAUUGUAAAGACCGAUAGUAUCUUGAUCCUGCUCACGUUGCAGAGGCGUAAACACUUGAUGUGCAAAUAUCUUCAAGACAUCGAAAGCCCCUCAGAAGUUGAAACACCCGUAGACCAACUCACACUAUGAAUCUUCAUGUGAAAACAGAAACAAGCUAUGGGGGAUGGAUUCAGGUCAUCAAUUUAUCGACAUUACUCGGGUUUAUAUAUCCCUGAAAGGAAGCAUGCAAUUUGAUUGGUAAUACACUAACACUUGCAGAACCUGCAUACAAUUCUGGAAAUCAGAAAUAUGAAUCUGAAACUAGAAAUGAUAGCAUUGCAAAAUAUAAAGGUGAAAGCAAAAAAUCGAGAAGCAGAAGUAUAUGAGGAUCGAUCUUGAUCCUCAGAGUUGCAUCUCUGCUGCUUGUUCCGCGCUGUGACUACCAAAAUGAACGACAACUCUCCAAAUAGAUCCAGCUAUUAGUUUGUCCAUAAUAUGAGUACACUCCAAAUGCCUGUUUUUGAGACCUUUGAUCAUAUUCUGGAACUGAAGUCCCUUUUGGUGAGAGAACUCGAGUUGAAAUAGAAUCUGAAUUCCAAAUUUAUCUAAAUCAUGAUUCCUAAGAAAUCUCUAUUGUAUUCCAUGCCAUUUUUUUUCCCUUUACUACAUGGACAAAGUAAUGAUUUUUUUUCCCUUUACUAAAAGGUUGGAAUUAGAGAUUAUGAUGUGUGUAAGUUCUUGAAUGAUACCAAUGUUUUGUGCCAAGACAUUCUGAGUUGUUGUCAAAUGGUCACAUUCUUGAGUUUUCUA